AUGACCCUUGGUUGGCGUCGGAGUCAUCGCCGACAUCAUGCGGCCAAGGAUUCCCUAGAACGGUGUAAUCAUACGCCUAUCGAUAUCACCCGUUCGCGAGAUUAUGAGCCAUCUCCCCCGUCUCGCAUCUCUUCCCGCAGACAAGGAGAUCCUGCGUCGCAGAUAGAGCAGCAUCAAGGUGCCGAGUCGGAAGACUUGGAGGCUAAAUAUGCGCAGGAUGUGCCUCCAGACGGAGGCUAUGGCUGGGUGUGCGUUGCCUGUGUCUUUUGGAUUAAUGCCCACACCUGGGGAAUCAACAGUAGUUAUGGCGUCUUUCUAUCGUGGUAUCUCUCCCACGACGUCUUCCCCAACACCUCAGCCCUCUCCUAUGCCUUCACCGGCGGCCUGAGCAUCUCGUGUGCUCUCCUAGUCGCCCCGCUAGCCACACAUAUGAUCCACGUCUUCGGGACCCGACUGGUCCUGAAUCUGGGCGUCUUUUUCGAAACCCUCUCCCUGAUCGGAUCCUCCUUCGCCACCCAACGAUGGCACAUCUUCCUCAGCCAAGGCGUCUGCUUCGGCUGGGGCAUGGGCUUCAUGUUCGUCGGCAGCGUAGGCAUCACCCCGCAGUGGUUCCAGCGCCGCAGAGGGCUCGCCAUGGGCAUCAACGCCGCCGGCUCCGGCCUGGGCGGUCUGAUCUACUCACUCGCAGUGGGCGCCAUGAUCCCGCGUCUGGGCCUCAGCUGGGCCUUUCGCAUCCUGGGCAUCAUCGCCUGCGUCGUAAACCUGGUGUGCGCGAACCUCCUGCGCGACCGCAACAAGCACGUCGGCAGCCGCUACAAGGCCUUCCAUCUGCCGUUGCUCAGGCGGUCCGAGUUCCUGCUGUUUCUCGGCUGGGGCGUGCUCAGCAUGCUGGGCUACGUCGCCCUGCUCUUUAGCCUGGCCAACUUCGCCCUCUCCAUCGGCCUGUCCUCCCACCAGGGCAGCAUCGUCAGCGCCCUGCUCAACCUGGGCCAGGGCCUGGGCCGCCCGUUCGUCGGCAUGUUCAGCGAUAAGCUCGGCCGCAUCAACGUCGCCACGUUCCUGUCGUUCUGCUGCGGCCUGUUCUGCCUCGUCAUCUGGGUGUUUGCCCGCAGCAUGGGCGUCGUGUGCUUCUUCGCCGUGCUGGUGGGAACGGUCGCCGGCACGUACUGGGCGACGGUGACACCUGUGCUGGCCGAGAUUCUCGGACUGAGAGAUCUGCCCAUGGGGCUUAGCAUCAACUGGAUUAUUCUGGUGGCGCCGACGACCGUCUCGGAGGCCAUUGCUCUGCUUCUGCGCGACUACAGCACGCCCAGUUCGAUUUACCUGAGAGUCCAGCUGUUCACGGGAUUCAUGUACAUAGGCGGCUCGCUGUGUCUCUGGCUGGUCCGAGGCUGGAAGGUGCAGGAUCUGGUCCGAACGGAGCAGACGACGGUGUCUGCUAGCGCAGACAAUGGUGUGAGGAACGACGCUGCGGAAGAGAAUGCUCCUGUUGCCGGAGACGAAAAGAAUACGCAAGCAACUGCGGCUCCUCCGCUGCCGAGUACCGACUCCGGCCAGACUGCGUCUGUAAUGGCGCUCUUGCGCAGCAUGGUGGCUCUCCGAAAAGUAUGA